AUCAUCAGACAUCAGAAUGAUAAGAUAAGAUUCAAACUCAACUGAGUAUUUGGCUCAGUUGGUCAGUUCCAUAAAUUAGUUUCUUUAAAGACGUAAAAACUAUUUUAAAGUGAAUAAAGGUAAAUUUAUAAUGUCUUCUGCUAGCCCACAACAAGAAAACAGUGAUGUUUCAAAGUUGAAAUCAACCUAACCUCAAUUCAUGUUUACAGUUAUAUUUACAAUCAUAUUUCAAUAGUAAUAAUCAAGGAUUGACAUUAAUCAAUUUAUAUACCGUAAAUCAAUGAUAAAGAGUUUUGAAAUUUCAAUGAAUUAGAUCAAAAAGUUUUUAAAUCUAUAAUUUUUUAGUUUUUGUUACUGCACUUGACCAACUGGGAGUUUCAAAUGUUUUUAGCACAUUAAAUGGGUUUGAAGAGAUAACAAUAAACAUUUAGAACUAUAAACAACGUUCAAAUAUCAAUAAUUGCAGAAUGAUGUUCAAAAUUCUUGCCUUGACAUUAUUGAGCUUUAUACGUUCUUCUGAUUUAUCAUGUUUGUAUCCUUAUGAAUCUGAAACAAGGCAAACGAAAUCGUUGAAUGGUUUAUGGAGUUUCAAAAUUAUUGAUGAUUCAACGCUGAGGUCCCACCUAAAUAAAAAUGACAAAGAUGUCAUCAAGAUGCCAGUACCUUCCAGUUUUAAUGAUAUAACAACAAAUGCAACAAUCAGAGAUCAUUUUGGACUGGUAGUCUACCAACCAAAUUCUUUGCACCAACAGCUUGGAAGGAUGGCGAAACUCGAAUUUUCGUACAUUUCGGAGGCGUGCACUACAUAUCUUAUGUGGUAAAUAUUAUUUUAUUUU